AUGAAACUUCCUGAAAUAAGAACCCUUAACAGUAUCAAAAAUCACGGAUUAAACCUCAUACAAUGUAUAGAAAUCCCAACCAAAAUACCCGAUCUAUCGCGUACAUCGAUAAUAUCAAAAUUUACUGGAAAAAAUUCGAGUCGAACAAACCUACCAUAUAAUGUUUUUAAAUGUCAACGGCACACUUCAACAAGAGUCUGCGUCAAGUGUGUAGGAUUACAUGAUUCCCGAACUUGCACAAAGACAUUUGAAAUAUCUUCUACCUGCGCUAACUGCAAGAGAAACCACCCACUACAACAUCCUUUAACACCAAUAGACAACAGUCCCGAUCUCACUGAACAAUUAGAUCAACUAAAAUCAGCUGACCUCAAUCUCUUAAGAAUCAUCACACUAAUACAAAAAUACUACACUACUAAUAUACUAAUAUGUACCAACAACCUUGAUAGAGUCAAAGCCACAAUACAAAUUAAAAUAGCCACUCUUAAUAUCAUCUUAUGGAACGCUACUAGUGUUAAAAAUAAAACUACUGAACUGCACAAAUUUCUUACCGACUAUAACACUGACAUAACUAAAACUUUCAAACUAAACAGUUAUAAUAUUUAUCGAAAUGAUCGACCUCUCACUAUCUCCAAAAACACCAGAGGAGGGGUACUCAUAGCCGCUCGUAAAGACAUUCAAAUAGAAGAUAUUCCUCAACUCAUCUUUUCCAAUAUAGAAUUCAUCUCGAUCAGAUUAAAAUCCAUCCCCUUACUUAUCAUAGGAGCUGCUUAUAUUUCACCUAAAGUCAAAAUAAUCCAUUCGAUCUAUAUAACACUAUCCCAUCACCCAACACCGGUCACUUCCUCGUCGGCGGAGAUUUAA